AUGGAGAUCUACGAUGAACCGGAAACCACUAAGGGGUCAAAGAAGAAUUCACAGUCUCUUGCUAUGAAGUCCCCAAUUAAAGGGUCUCCUAAUGCUUCCUCACUACCAACUGAGAAAGCAAACAGUGUACAAGAUAGCAAUGGACCUUUAGUUUCUAAUGCUGCGAAAGAGGAAAUAGUUGUACAAGCACCAGAAAUCAAGUAUGAAGAUGAAAUUGACAAACUGUUGGAUGAACUUAGCCCAAGAUACACUGACUGGCCUGGAUCCGACCCGUUACCAGUAGAUGCAAAUUUACUUCCUGCAACCGUGCCAAGUUACAAGCCCCCUUUCAGAGUUCUGCCAUAUGGUGCCCGGCCAUCUCUUAGCCGAAUGGACACUACCAAUUUACGCCGUCUUGCCCGGGGACUGCCUCCUCACUUUGCUCUCGGACGAAGCAGACAACUCCAAGGCUUAGCUAAUGCUAUGGUAAAGUUGUGGGAGAAAAGUUCUAUUGCUAAAGUUGCUUUGAAGAGAGGAGUACAGCUUACCACCAGUGAGAGGAUGGCUGAAGAUAUUAAAAAAUUAACAGGUGGCGUGAUGCUUUCAAGGAACAAUGAAUUUAUAGUCUUCUACAGAGGGAAGGAUUUCUUGUCCUCAGAACUUGCAGAGGUGCUGCUAGAGAGGGAAAGAUUAGCAAAGUCACUUCAAGAUGAAGAGGAAGCACGGCGAAAGGCAGCGUCUUAUUUUUCUUCAAGUGCUGAGACAUAUGUACAGCCUACUGUAGCUGGUACUCUAGGAGAGACUCUAGAGGCUAAUUCUAAAUAUGGAACUAAACUUGAUGAGAAUCAUGCGGACAAAAUGACAAGAACUGUUGAAGCUGCAAGACAUGCUGACCUCGUAAGAAAGCUAGAGUGGAAGCUCUCACUUGCACAGAAAAAGAUGGAGAAAGCUGAAAGGGUACUAGGAAAGGUUGAGACAGCCCUGAGGCUAACUGAAGAUUCCAGACCUGAAACAAUAACAGAUGAAGAGAGGUUCAUGUUUCGGAAACUUGGUCUAAGGAUGAACGCAUUUCUGCUCCUCGGCAGAAGAGGAGUUUUUGACGGCACAAUUGAGAACAUGCACUUGCACUGGAAAUACAGGGAGCUGGUGAAGAUACUAGUGAAAGCGAAGUCUUUUGUAGACGUGAAGAGGAUAGCACUAUCACUUGAAGCCGAGAGCGGGGGAAUUCUAGUUUCAGUUGACAAAGUCUCCAAAGGCUACGCCAUUGUUGUGUUCCGAGGGAAGAACUACCGGCGCCCUUCUUCGCUCAGACCUAGAAAUCUCUUGUCAAAGCGGAAGGCUUUGGCCAGAUCCAUCGAGCUUCAGAGACAUCAGGCCCUGAGUCGUCAUUUUGCAAAGCUAAACAGAAAGGUGGAGCAGCUCAAAGCGGAAUUGGUCCAGAUGGAAGGCGUGAAGGAGGAGCUGUACGCCAAACUGGAUGCCGCGUAUUCGAGGGACGAGGAAGACAUGGAGGAUGAGGACGAUGAGGCCUACCUUAAGCGCUUCGACAAUGAGGUCGCCGGUGCUACCGCCGAGGAUGGCAGCGAGUCCGUGGACGACGAGGCCGAUUACCCUGACUCAGACGAUGAAGUUGGUGAUUACUCCGACGAAGAUGACGACGAGGCUUUCGGCUAUGACGACGACGAUGAGGCGGCUACCGCCGCUGACUUUCGCGCCGGCGAAGUAGGUUUCAGUUCUUCUGACAGAGGAAACCACGGGUUAGACGAAGGUGCUGGCUCGUGUGGGGAACGGGAUGGCAAAUGUAACGAGGCAAGUGACAGUGGGCAGCACUCGCACACCGAGCAGCCACCUGAGCUGGCGAGCUCCCGUACUGGCAGUGCUAGCUAG